UAUAGUGAAUGCAGGGUCCGGGGAGACCAGAUAUAGUGAAUGCAGGGUCCGGGGAGACCGGAUAUAGUGAAUGCAGGGUCCGGGGAGACCGGAUAUAGUGAAUGCAGGGUCCGGGGAGACCAGAUAUAGUGAAUGCAGGGGUCCGGGGAGACCAGAUAUAGUGAAUGCAGGGUCCGGGGAGACCAGAUAUAGUGAAUGCAGGGUCCGGGGAGACCAGAUAUAGUGAAUGCAGGGUCCAGGGAAACCAGAUAUAGUGAAUGCAGGGUCCGGGGAGACCAGAUAUAGUGAAUGCAGGGUCCGGGGAGACCAGAUAUAGUGAAUGCAGGGUCC